GUCUGUUAGAGGAUUUUAUUCCGAAAUAAAAUGUUUCCAUUAAUCAUAACUCGACGAAAUAAUUACUACAAGUGGCAAACGAAAGACGAAAAUGUGUUAUGGUUGUCAGUUCCGUGCAAUCAGCCUUCCAUAAUGGAAACAGAAGAUCCUUCGGAGCUUGGGGACUGGUUGAAGCAGCGAGUGUUGGGAAGCGGUGGGUUUGGUGUUGUAACAUUAUGGAAGAAUAAACAGACGGGUGAAACAAUAGCCUUGAAGAAAUGUCGUUCAGGUACUGACAGUAUCAUGACACCAAAACAUAAAGAAAGAUGGACAAAAGAAGUUGAAAUAAUGCAGCGACUUUCACAUCCCAAUGUUGUCAAGGCAAUUCAAGUUCCAUGGGAACUUUCUAUUCUUCGCUCUGAGCUGCCAUUGUUGUGUAUGGAAUUCUGCUCAAAAGGUGACCUUAGACAGGUUUUAAAUAAAAGGGAAAACUGUUGUGGGCUGAAUGAAGCUGAUGUUCGUGCUCUCAUUUCUGAUGUGAAGAGUGCAAUACAGUACCUUCACACCAUGAAGAUUACACACCGAGAUUUGAAACCAGAGAAUAUCGUACUUCAACAAAAGGAAAAAAAGAUUGUGUACAAGCUGAUUGACUUGGGGUAUGCCAAAGAGCUUGAACAAAGCAGCUUAUGUACUUCUUUCGUUGGCACCCUACAGUAUCUGGCCCCUGAGCUCUUCACAAACAAGCCCUACACCAGCUCAGUGGACUACUGGAGUCUAGGUCUUCUUUCUCAUGAAGUGAUUACCGGAGUAAGACCAUUCUUACCUAACAUGACUCCAGCUGCAUGGAUGUCUCAUGUACGGAACAAGUCAUCUGAUGACAUCUGUGCAUAUCAAGCUCCUGAUGGAAGUAUUGUUUUUUCCAAGGAACUUUAUGAUCAGAACCAUAUCUCACUAGCCCUGAAACACGAUAUGGAACGAUGGUUAAAACUUGCUUUGGAAUGGGAUCCAAAGAAACGUGGUCGAGGACCAGGUGAUAAAGUUAUCAUCUUUGAUAUGCUUGACGAAAUUCUCAGUAAGAAGAUUGUGCAGUUGUUUGUAGUGCCAUUGUAUUUGCACUGCAGUUAUGUGGUAGACAGUUCAACAGCACUCUCAACAUUACAACUGUGGCUUGAACGAGAUACUGCGUUAGCUGUGAAUGAUCAGGAGUUGCUUUUACCAUCGGGCAAACCACCUGAGCCAGAUGCUGGGGCCAUGCAGUGCUGGAAUCAGAAGUGUAUUGAGGAUGGGACUCCAAUGCUGCUGGUCUUCAGAAAGGGUGAGCUGACGUUACCACAGGCUGGACCAAGAAUUCCAUGGACAGUGCAACAGAUGUUGCAGGAGCCACGCACCAAACUGGAAUACGUGCAUCUGCGUCGUGCAUGGGCACAUGCAAGUUUUUUCUUACGCCAAGAAGCAGACUUAUAUCGUACACUCGUUGCAGCAUUUCAAACGAAGAUGAAACAUGUUGAAGAACUGGGGAAUAUAGUCACAGAAAACUUGAAAGAUGCAGUGACAAGCUUACAGAGGGUUGAAGCACAAAUGGACAUUGUUCAUAGUAGCCUCAAGCUGGAUGAAGAGAAGGCUGCAGGCAGAGUUAUUGGCUCAGUAAUGCAUCGUUGGUCCAGGGGUUUUGAGCAAAUAAAAUCGCGAGUGGAAACACUACACGAUGUAUUGCUGCAGGAUUUGAAGACCAGGAGUGAAAGAACUUCAUCAAAGCUUCUGAAGUUACAAGACGAACCAACACCACCUUGGCAGGAGAUGGAAAUGCUAUCAGAAAGUGGACUGAAGUGUUAUGAUCAGCUUCGUCGACGUUCAAGAGAAAGUAGGCAACAGAAAUCGGAUUGUAUUGAAAUGCUCAAGAUUGUCUACAGCUGUUUAAAACGAAGAGAUGCUUUGUUAAGAGACAAGGCAUUUUCUGAACAGUUAACAUUACUUGCUGUUCUUCAAAAAGAUCUUGAGAUGCUCGACAAUCCCAUCAACAGAGCAAUUGAAUUAAUAGAAAAAAUCAGUGUUGAACUGAAAGAGGAACAACUGAAGAGACAAAAUGACAUUUGGAGGUCUGUAAUGGGACUGGAUGCUACACAGAAUUCUGUCGGUCAUGUUUCACCAUCUCCAAGUCUGUACUUGGAUGAGUUGAAAGAGCUUCAAGUUCCUGAACUGACUGUGACUGAUUUCAAGAUUGGCAGUUUCAUGCCAGAUCGCAACCUUGCAGAUGGAAAUCUUAGCAGAACUCACUCAAGAGAGGAAACCCCAACUCCAAAUGAACUGAGAGUCUCCAGAGAGUCAUCACCACAUCUUGCGGGCAGAGUGUCGCCAUUUGCUGUCUCAGAUGCUACAACUAUUGUUCAAGAUAAUUUUGAGCUCAGGUUCAGGACAGAAGAGCUGUUAAAUCAAAGUUUUCAACAAAUUCGCAGUAUAAUGGGUGAUUUCAUGUCAAUGGAUUGGACUCAUUUGGAACAGUGAAGAUGACUGUGCUGGAGUGUAAUGUAAUUUUUCUGUGUGUGUGUGUGUGUGUGUGUGUGGCGGUCGCGCACCCGCGCAUGGUGAAUUUCUGAUUCUGUGGUAUAAGUUCACAUUUCUUAUUACACAUUAAAAUUCAUCAAUAUUUCAGAUGUACAGCAUAAUAAGCUAUGUAAUCCUCAAUUGUUAUCUGUGUGGGUGAUUUAGUUUCUGGUGCAGAAGACUAUAAGUGUCAUGUACUACAAUUCACGUAAUUUAAAGCAAGACUGGAGAAGGGGUCACUAUGUUGUAUCAUACCUACUGUGGUCUACAGUCACACUUGUUUGCUCAGGCGUAGAGCUUUACACUCGUGUCAUGCUAGAAAAAAACCUGUCUACCAUUUUUUUACAAUUUACACAAUACUGAACACUUUUUUGAUGAGAAUGUAAUAAUAAAGAUGUGGAGAAAUGACAGAUAGCAAAGUUACUGUCAUGUGUUGACACGGCAAGAAUUGAAAUGUUUGUGUGAAUUGAAAUGGUUUAUAUUUUAUAUUCUAUUUUAUGUGCUUAGAUUUCUAACAAUAGUUAAGUCUUGAUGAACAGAGAAAAUAUUGAUUAUAUUGAAGACUGAAUGCACAUUUAUAGAGUUCGUGAUGAAAAGCGAGUCUCACUUCAUUGUAUUUACACAUGAAAGAUGUUUUUUACAGUUUGUUCCUCUUUGUUAUUCACAAGCAAAAAUAAGGGAUGUGUUGAUCAUUUAUCUCAGAAAACUAUUUUGAAAGAAAAUAUAUAUAUAUAUAUAUUUUAGAUUAAAUUUUAGACCUAGCAAUAGCAAUUUUUUACAAACUUACAUCUUGAAGAAAUGAAAUACUUUUUAUGCAUUUACUGUAAUCUUUAAAAGGCAUCUAUUUGACAAAGUCAGCUACAGUUUCUUAGAGUAUAGCUGAUUGUUAGUUGCUGUGGGGAAGUAACAAAAAUUAUUUUUCUUUAGUCUUCAGUUUUAAAGCCAGAUGGGAGUUUAGGGAACUCAAGAAAAAAGUCAUUGCAAUAGUUGUAUAAAACUAGAUAGAAAGGAGAGGAAACAGUAAUUAACAAAUAUAGCAAUUACAAAAUACAGUGUAAUACAGUUUUUGUGUGUGAUUAUUGGUUUAUGUUCAGUAAUAUUUCUUUGUCCCAAUUUCAUAUGUAAUUUUGAAUAUUUUAUUGACUUUUACUGGUUAUCACCCACCUUGUUUAUGAGUAUUGUCAUUUGUUUAAAAAUUUUGUGAUGUUGUAUUAUUACAUUUCCUGUUUGUGAAAGGGCUGUUGUAUUUAUCAUGUUGUGUAGUUGUGCAAUAUUUGUCAUUCUGUGUAGUUGUGCAAUAUUUUAUGAGAGCGAGAACAGCCAAAUGUUGUAUUGUUAACUGAAGACUCAUUAAUUUCUUUGACUGUUUAUCUGAUUACACAUGUGCAUUGCUACCUUACCAUGGAUAUACUAUCUUUUACCAUGGAUAUACUAUGCUUUUUAGACACAGUCAAAUGAGAUACUCAGUCUCUCUUUACUUUUUGUCUCUCUAUUGUGAGUUACUCCAAUUCAUUUAAAUACAGAGCAAAUAAAUCAUAUUUUAUGAAA